AUGACCCAGUCCAAGUUCCCCAUCCAGGUCCGAUCCAGCCAUGCCGAAGAGGCCCGUCGGACGGUGAACGCAGCCAUUGACGCUGCCGACGUCGCCCUCCGUGCGCUGAACAGGGACAUCCAUGGCCAUCCGGAGACCGCAUACGAGGAAGUCCACGCCCACGACGCCCUGUGUGCCUUUCUCGAGAGCCAGGGCUUCGCCGUGACGCGCCACGCAUAUGGCCUCGCGACCUCGUUUGAGGCGUCGGUUGGCAGCACCGCCGGCGACGCACGUGAGAUCGUCUACUGCGCCGAGUACGACGCGCUGCCGGGCAUCGGCCACUCGUGCGGCCACAACCUGAUUGCGACCUCGUCCGUUGCCGCCUUCAUCGGCGCGGCCAAAGCGCAGCAGGCGCUGGGCUUCAACGGUCGGAUCCGCAUCCUGGGCACUCCGGCCGAGGAGGGCGGCGGUGGCAAGAUCAAGCUGCUCGAAGCGGGCGCCAUCCCAGCGUCGACGGCGGCGGCCAUCAUGGCGCAUCCCGUCGCCGGCCACAUGGCCAAGAUACCGGGCGCGAGCGGGCUGGCCGGCUUCAAGCUCAUCUGCAGCCACAAGUUCAAGGUCGAGUUCUCGGGGCGCGCUGCCCACGCCGGCGCCCAGCCGUGGGACGGCGUCAACGCCCUCGACGCCGCCGUCGCCGCCUACACCAACGUCUCGAUGCUGCGCCAGCAGAUCCGCCCGGACGAGCGCGUGCACGGUGUCAUCGAGGACGGCGGUCGCGUGCCCAACGUCAUCCCCGCCUACACUCGCAUGGCCUGGAACGUGCGCGCACCCAAGGUCAAGGCUGCGAACGCCCUGCGCGAGCGCGUCGAUGCCUGCUUCCACGCCGCCGCUGCCGCCACGGGCUGCAGCGUCAACAUCGUCGAGGGUCCGAUGUACAUGGAUCUGCGUGCCAACCUGACUCUUUGCCAGACAUACGUCGACGAUAUGGCCGCGUUGGGCGAGAAGAUCAUCCUGAACGAGGAUGAGCCUGCUACUGCGUCUACCGAUAUGGGCAACGUCUCGUACACAGUGCCGAGCUUCCAUGGCGCCUUUGGUAUCCCGGCUCCUAAGCAUGUCGUUGGGCAUCAUCCGGGCUUCGCGGCCGCCGCUGGUACGGAUGAAGCACAUACCGCGGCCAUCACGUGCGCCAAGGGAAUGGCCAUGUUGGGCUGGAGGGUUUUGACGGAUGACGAUAUUGCGGAAGACGCGAGAAGAGAUUUCGAGCGAGACGAUUGA